AUGAGGGUGGCGGUGGGCAUGCUCUGGCUCCUGACCCUCGGAGGGCCCCCACAGGCCCAGGGUGCCUGCCCCUCUCAAUGCAGCUGCAGCCUCCAUGUUCUGAGCGAUGGCAGCAAAGCCAGGACAGUGGUGUGCAACGACCCUGACAUGACUCUGCCCCCAGCAUCUGUCCCUCCGGACACCUCCAAACUGCGCCUGGAGCGGACGGCCAUUCGCAGGGUGCCCGGGGAAGCCUUCAAGACGCUGGGCCGGCUGGAGCAGCUGUGGCUGCCCUACAACGCCCUCUGCGAGCUCAGCGCGCUGAUGCUCAGGGGCCUGCGCCGCCUGCGCGAGCUGCGCAUGCCCGGGAACCGCCUGGCCGUCUUCCCCUGGGCGGCGCUCAGGGACGCCCCCCAGCUGCGGCUGCUGGACCUACAGGCGAACCGCCUCUCCUCUGUGCCGCCGGAGGCCGCGCGCUUCCUGCGGAACCUCACGUUCCUCGACCUCUCCAGCAACCAGCUGCUGAGGCUCCCGCAGGAGCUGCUCGCCACUUGGAUUCACCUGCACACCGGGCCCUUCCUUCCCGGUCACCAUGCCAGGUUGGUCCUAGGGCUGCAGGACAACCCCUGGGUGUGUGACUGCCGACUCUACGACCUGGUCCAUUUUCUAGAAGGCUGGGCUCCAAACCUGGCUUUCAUAGAGGCCAGGCUGAGGUGUGCCAGCCCACGUAGCCUGGCUGGAGUGGUCUUCAGCCAGCUGGAACUCAGGAAGUGCCAGAGUCCGGAGCUCCGUCCGGGGAUGACCAGCAUCAGGUCCCCUUUGGGCAGCACGGUAUUGCUACGUUGUGGGGCCACUGGGGUCCCCGGGCCGGAGAUGAGCUGGAGUAGGGCCAACGGGCACCCACUCAAUGGCACAGUGCACCGGGAAGUCUCCAGUGACGGCACGAGCUGGGCUCUACUGGGCCUGCCUGCCGUGUCCCACCUGGACUCAGGAGACUACAUCUGUCAGGCCAAGAACUUCCUGGGAGCCUCUGAGACUCUUAUCUCCCUGGUCGUCACGGAACCGCAGACAUUCACGGAACGCAGUGGGGGCCCCGGGGCGCGGUGGGCAAGGACGGGCGAGGGGGCGGAAGCUGCCGCGUAUAACAAGAUGGUGGCCAGACGCGCGCCCCACGUCCCUAAGCCUGCCGUCCCGGCCACCGGGCCCCCCGCGCCCCACACGAAGGAGCAGCUGUUCCUCCAGCACUUCCAGAUGAGGGCCCCAGAAGAGCACUCGGACGUGCCGGCCGGCCCCCAGGAGGCCCAGACGGUGAGCUCCCUGAAGGUGGUGGGGGACACUUACCAGAGCGCGACCUUGGUGUGGAAGGCCCCCCAGGCUGGGAACACAACUGCCUUCAGCGUCCUCUACGCGGUCUUUGGGCAGCGCGACAUGCGGCGGGUGCUGGUGCCGCCCGGGAAGACCAGCGUCACCAUCCGUGCGCUGGUGCCCAAGGUCAAGUAUGUGGCGUGCGUCUGCGUGCGGGGCCUCGUGCCCCGGAAGGAGCAGUGCGUCAUCUUCUCCACCGACGAGGUGGUGGACGCCGAGGCCACUCAGCGGCUCAUCAACGUGGUGGUGAUCAGCGUGGCCGCCGUCAUCGCCCUGCCGCUCACGCUGCUCGUCUGCUGCGGUGCCGUCCGGAGGCGCUGGCGCAAGUGCCGCACCGGGGGCUCCGCCGAGGCCACAGGUGCCUACGUCAACCUGGAGAGGCUGGGCCACAGCGAGGACGGCUCGGAGGAUCUGUCCCAGCACAGCCUCAGUGAGGCCGACAGACUCCUCUCUGCUCGCUCCAGCCUGGACUCUCAGGCCGUGGGCAUCAGGGCCAGCAGACGGAUCAACGAGUACUUCUGCUGA